AUAGAGAAUUAUAUCAUUCUCUCUUUGUUUUUUGAAUUCAAAAUUUUUCUUAUCUUCUCCAUCUUUAUUUUAUAUGAUCCGCCGUCACCCUGAACAUAAACUUCUUCUCUUCCAACCAUUCAUCUCCCUCCUUUCUAUCGCCCUUCAAUUCACCACCAACAAAACCAUAAACAAUGGGAUCAAUCAUCUCAGCAACCCCCUACGCUCUCCCUCCCCUCCGGGACCUUAUCAUUCCAACUCCAGAAACAUACACCCAAAUCCUCACUGUUUGGCAAUACUUCGCCGGCGUAAGCUACCCCCGACCUCAAAAAAAUAAACAAACCCCGUAACUGACACUGACCUCUCAAACCAGUUCACAAUCAUCCAAUGGCUCACCUCUUGGUUCCCCAUGGGCAAAACCUCCCUGAAGUCCUCCGCAUUUAACAUCCCCGGCCGCCUAGGCUGGUCAGUAAUGGAGCUCGUCGCCCCCCUAAACCUCCUCUACCAGAUGGCCACCCUGCCCGUAAAAAUGCACCUGGACGUCCCCGUCCCCAACAAGCUCGUGGCCUCGCUCUAUCUCCUCCACUACACAAACAGGGCAAUCAUAUCGCCCCUCUUCGCAGCCCCAAGCAUGUCCCCCAUCCACGCGCUCAUCGUCCUCUGCGCCGCGCUCUUCAACUGGUUCAACUCCACCUGUCUCGCCGCCUGGCUAGUCGGCUACCACGUCCCAGUCGCCGGGUACAGAACGGACGGGUAUGAUCCCAAUCCCAGCACUAGACCAAGUAUAUCCCCCUACCUCCCCUAUAUAGGGAUGGCCCUCUUCGCGGCCGGAAUGGCCGGGAACAUACUCGCGGAGCGCACGCUCUUCCGGCUCCGUCGCGAGGAAGCAGAUAAACAGGAGAAGAAAAAGGAGUCGAGCACGGAACCUAACAAGUACGCCAAAGUCUACGUUAUUCCGCCCGCGACGGGCCUCUUCCGGUCCAUCCUCUACCCGCACUAUGUCUGGGAAUGGGUCGAGUGGAUCGGGUUUGUGCUUGUCGGGACUGCGGUGUAUCCGUCGUCUACUAGUAGUACGAUUGCGACGGGGGAGAUGGGGCUUGCGCCGUGGUUGGUGCCGGCUGCUGGGUUGGCGGAAUGGUUGAGGGUGCCAUUGCCGUUGCCGGCGGUGGUGUUUGUGGUUAAUGUGGUGGCUUCCAUGGUGCCUCAGGCGAGAUGGGGGAAGGUGUGGUAUUUGGGACGCUUUGGGAAGGAAAAGGUUGCUGGGAGGGGGGCGGUGGUUCCUUUUUCGUCGUGGUUGUGAUCCUAUUUGGGUUGACUUGGGUUAUUUUUUUUUUUCACUUUUGUUUGCUCCCUUAUACGUUGCAUAUUGUAUACAUGCUGGUCAUGGCAUCCUAAUAUGGAGCCGCAUUCACUACUAGACGCAAUGGUUCGAUCCGACGACUACGUAUAAUUCAAGGACAGUAGCUAAUGUGAAAUCAAGUUCGGUUGGAACACCGUCUUGUAUUAAAUUUGAAAGGUGGUGACCAC